GACCAGGAUUCUUUCGAGCCAAAGCCUACUUUUCAGUUUUCAUAAAUUCAGAUAUAUGGCAAUAGAAAGAGAAGACUUUUUUCGAAUAGGUACAGUACUGUGUUCAACCCCAAAAUAAAAAUAUGGGUUGUGGUAGCUUGACGUGUUAACCAACCCUUCCUUCCUUUUCCACCUCUUCUUCUACUCAAUUCCUUCCUUCUUCCUCGACUUUACUCUUCCCUUGAGAUUUUUUCCCUGUUAGAUACCCGAAUCAGAGAUAUAGUUCCCAUCUUUUUUAGUAUCAGAUAUAUAUAUCCAACAGGCCUGCAAUUCAAUCAUUGAAAAAAGAAAAUGGAAGUUUUAUCUUCUUCGUCGUCACCUUUAUCGGUUCACUCUAGAUGGGGUUUGGGUCCUCAUAAAUGCAAACUCCAUCCUCUCUUAACAUUUCAUUGUAACAACACGGUUGCUUCCGCUUAUUCUUCUUGUUUUGGCAUUUCUAUCUCAUAUAGACGUAAUCCACUUAAUUCGCUUUCUUUUAAAUGCUCUAAAUCGCGCAGAAAGCGUAGAAUUCUUCCAAUUUCUUCAGUUUUUGAAAGAUUUACAGAGCGAGCUAUUAAAGUUGUGAUCUUCUCUCAAAGAGAGGCUAGAGCUUUGGGUAAAGAUAUGGUGUUUACCCAGCAUCUUUUACUGGGUUUAAUCGGAGAGGAUCGUGACCCUGAUGGCUUUCUUGGUUCUGGGAUUAAAAUUGAUAAGGCUCGUGAAAUUGUUCAAAACAUUUGGAGUAGCGAUGGUGAUGGCACUAAUGCUUCUGGUUCUAGUACAGGGAAAAGUGGAGGAGGAGGCAGUGCUACUGAUGUGCCGUUUGCCAUUUCAACAAAGAGGGUAUUUGAGGCUGCAGUUGAAUAUUCAAGAACUAUGGGUUAUAAUUUCAUUGCACCUGAGCAUAUAGCAAUUGGGUUAUUAACUGUUGAUGAUGGGAGUGCCAGUCGUGUACUUAAGAGACUGGGAGCAAAUCUAGAUGACUUGGCAACCGCAGCAGUCGCCAGACUUCAAGGCGAGCUUGCCAAAGAAGGAAGAGAACCAUCUGUAGAAGCCAAAGGGGCACGUGAAAAGUCCUUUUUGAAGAAAGCUGGUGCACUAAGAUCCUCUGAGCAAACAAGAGAAGAAAGUGCUCUUGCUCAAUUCUGUGUGGAUCUUACUGCUCAUGCUAGUGAAGGACUCAUUGACCCUGUCAUCGGCCGAGAAACUGAAAUUGAAAGAAUUGUUCAGAUACUUUGUCGCCGAACCAAAAAUAACCCUAUUCUUCUUGGUGAAAGUGGGGUUGGAAAAACUGCCAUUGCCGAAGGACUAGCAACUCGUAUUGCGCAGACAGAUGUACCUCUUUUCCUCAUUGCAAAACGUGUAAUGUCCUUGGAUAUGGGACUACUAAUUGCUGGUGCAAAGGAAAGGGGAGAACUGGAGGCACGUGUUACUGCGUUAAUAAAGGAGAUACUGAAAGAAGGUAAUAUCAUUCUUUUUAUUGAUGAAGUCCAUACAAUUGUUGGGACAGGGACAGUUGGACGGGGAAACAAGGGAUCGGGUCUCGAUAUUGCUAAUUUACUGAAGCCACCUCUUGGAAGGGGUGAACUGCAGUGCAUCGCAUCCACUACAAUAGAUGAAUACAGGGCACAUUUUGAAAUUGAUAAAGCAUUAGCACGGAGGUUCCAGCCUGUGACAAUUGAUGAGCCAAGCCAGGAGGAUGCAGUUAAAAUACUGUUGGGUCUACGUCAGAAAUAUGAGGCCCAUCAUAACUGUAGAUUCACACUGGAAGCAAUAAAUGCUGCAGUCUAUCUGUCAGCAAGAUAUGUUGCUGAUAGAUAUCUUCCAGAUAAAGCCAUUGAUCUAAUUGAUGAGGCAGGAAGUAGAGCUCGAAUUGAGUCCCAUAAGAAGAAGAAAGAACAGCAAACCUGCAUACUUUCGAAGUCACCGGAUGACUAUUGGCAAGAAAUUAGAACUGUUCAGGCCAUGCAUGAAGUGGUUCUGGCAAGUAGGAUGACACAUGAUGGCAGUGCUUCCAGCACUGAUGACUCGGGUGAAAUAAUUUUGAAGUCCACUGAACAUGUCAUGUUGGAUGACGAGCCAACAGUGGUGGGGCCUGAUGAUAUAGCAGCAGUGGCCUCUCUCUGGUCAGGAAUCCCUGUUCAGCAGCUCACUGCUGAUGAAAGAAUGUUUCUGGUGGGUCUAGAUGAUGAGCUCAGAAAACGAGUCAUUGGUCAAGAUGAGGCUGUUUCUGCAAUAUCUCGUGCAGUUAAAAGGUCUCGGGUUGGCUUGAAAGAUCCUGAUAGGCCCAUAGCAGCAAUGAUGUUUUGUGGCCCAACUGGUGUUGGCAAGACUGAACUAGCAAAAGCUUUGGCAGCAUGCUACUUUGGAUCGGAGUCGGCCAUGCUGAGAUUGGACAUGAGUGAAUAUAUGGAGCGACACACUGUGAGCAAAUUAAUAGGAGCACCCCCAGGUUAUGUUGGUUAUGGUGAGGGAGGCACUCUGACAGAAGCCAUUAGAAGACGUCCAUUCACAUUGGUUUUACUUGAUGAAAUUGAGAAAGCUCAUCCAGAUGUAUUUAAUAUCCUCCUCCAGUUGUUUGAAGAUGGUCACCUCACAGAUUCUCAGGGACGGAAAGUAUCAUUUAAAAAUGCGUUGGUAGUAAUGACCUCAAAUGUAGGCUCUACUGCCAUUGCAAAAGGUGGACGUACCUCUAUUGGUUUCAUGAUUGCAGAUAAUGAGUCAACUUCAUAUGCUGGAAUAAAAGCAUUAGUAAUGGAAGAACUCAAAACAUAUUUUCGUCCAGAGUUGCUCAAUAGGAUUGAUGAAGUAGUAGUAUUUCAUCCCCUGGAGAAGAUUCAGAUGCUCAAGAUCUUAAGUCUGAUGCUGCGAGAGGUGAAAGAAAGGCUAAUAUCACUUGGGAUUGGCUUGGAGGUGUCUGAAACCAUCAAGGAGCUUGUAUGCAAACAAGGUUACGACCCAGUGUAUGGUGCCAGGCCACUUAGGAGAGCAGUGACUGAAAUAAUUGAAAAUCCUGUGAGCGAAGCAUUACUAGCUGGAGAGUUUAAGCCCGGUGAUACUGCAAGGGUUGAUCUUGAUGCUUCAGGAAACCCAGUGGUCAUAAAUGGUUCAGAUGAGAGUAUCCAGUUGUCUGAUACAACAAGAGUCUUGUAGUUAAUUGGUGUAUGAUAUAAUCUUAUACUACUUGUACAUAAAUGUAUAAGUUUUUGUAAUUGUAAAUGUGCCGAGUGCAGGCAAUUGAUUGAUUCAAAUGUAAAUAAGAGUAAAGCAUAUUAUUGUUUCUUGAUGUAA